GGGAGGAAGCUGACAUCUGUAGUUCCAUGGCAACGCCGUAGCGCAUUGACAAAGAUGUGCUAGCUAGAUAGCAUAGAAAACAGGCAAAAAAACAGUCACUUGUAGACAUUGCGCUAGCAUAGCUGCCUUUGUACACAAUAUUACAAUUUGCAAAUACGUUGUUUUUUCUCUUACCCCAGAUCUUUCAUCAGGACGUUGUCUGCUUAAUGUACUCCUUCAUAAUGAGUCGCACUCCAGAUGCAAGAGCCAGAGAUACGCAGACGAAGCAAAUACAAGACAACAUUGCAAACACGGAGAAGCAUUUUGGGGAGAUGUGCCAGCUUUUCGCAGCCUACGCCCGCAAGACGGCGAGACUACGGGACAAAGCUGAUGUUCUGGUCCGAGAAAUCAAUCUCUACGCCGAAACAGAGACCCCAAACUUGAAGAGUGGUCUGACCCAUUUUGCCAACCAACUUUCCCAAAUCCAGGAUUAUCGGCAGGCAGAGGUAGAAAGACUGGAGGCCAAAGUCAUAGAACCUUUGAAAGGAUAUGGAGCUGUUUUAAAACUUAAAAGGGAGGACCUGAAGACGACUCAGAACGCCCGAGACAAAGAGGCCAAACAGAUGCGGCAGCUGGAGAGGAUGAGACAGCGUAACCCCUCGGACAGACAGAUCAUUUCCCAGGCAGAGAGUGAGCUUCAGAGAGCCACAAUGGACGCCACGCGCACGACUCGCCAGCUGGAGGAGACAAUAGAUGAGUUUGAGAAGCAGAAGAUCCGCGAUGUCAAGAAAGUGUUGGGAGAGUUUGUGACUGUGGAGAUGGCUUUCCAUGCCAAAGCACUGGAGGUCUACACCAUGGCUUACCAGCACGUCCAGAAUGUGGAUGAGGAAGGAGACCUGGAGGUGUUCAGGAGCAUGCUGCACCCCCCUGACUCCCUCUCCCGCUUAGACAUAGUCCAAGCCAACACCAGACGCUCCCUAAACCAGACGGGCUCCAGCCUGGGACACUCAGGGAAUCUGCAGCCUCCACCGGCCCUAAGCGGACAGAGACAAGAUGAAGACGACGACGAUGAUGACGACGACGAAGAUGAUGAAGAUCUGGAAGAGGUAACAGAUGAGGAAGACUAGCCCCACAGCCACAGGCUUUGCUUUUGUACCAUUUAUAGUGUUUGUAUGUUUUAUCAGUAGGGAGUGAACAUUGCCAAAGCGCUACACAGUGUUUUCUUUCCAUUCUAAAUUCAACUAAUAAAUAUGAUGAUAUUCUAAAAGACUAGAUGGUAUUCUAUCAGUGCAAGUAGAGAUUGUCUGCGUAGGGCUUGUAAAUGCCUUGAAUUAUGACUCCAGAGAGACCAUUUGUAUUCGACUAAAGCAUUAAAUGCUAGGUCUUUAAUGGAAUUCUUUUAAUAUAUAUAUAUAUAUAUAUAUAUAUAUAUAUUUUGUAUCAUUAUCAUGUUUACAGUUAACACUAAAUGCCAAACAAUGAGUUGUCUGUCAGGUUUCAGACAAUAUGGUGUGUUGGUCUCACUUACAGAUUGUGAAAUUGAAUCUUAACCGUGUAAAUAAACUUUUGUAUGGGAAUUUCUCUCAUUGAUGUUAUUGUGCUCACUCCUCGAUGCAAACUUGAGUAUUACAGUACUUCUUAACGAUGCAACCAGUCUGACCAUGGCCAGUGUUCCUGUCAGUUUGACCAAUCCAAUGCAAUCCAUGACUGCCAUGACUUUGAGGCCCAUUUCCAUCACCAUAUGUUCUCUGAAAUGUCUGUGUACAGGCAAAUCUAUGUCAAGUUUCCCACAUCCUAUUUAACUACAAUCAAUGACAAGUUAUGAGGUUUGAUACAAAAUGAACAUUUAUUUAACUACCGCUGGCACACCAGUAAGAUGUUUACAGUAUGUGAAACUGUUCGAGUGACGUGACUGAUCUGCAUUAAAGUGUUGUUUAAUCCAA